AUGGCAACACUGUACUUUGACCCUAAGCCAAUUUACUGCUUUUGUUGCGGCACCAGCAUCAGGCGUAAUGCAUGUUAUUACUAUAGAAGAGAAGAAGAGGACACGCAGAAUUGCUUUUGUACAACAUGCUAUAAGAAUACCCGAGGUGGGAUCAUCACAUUCAACGGGACAACUGUUUCCAAGACCGAUCUUAUCAAAAAUAAAAAUGAUAGAGAAUGUGAAGAAGCGUGGGUUCAAUGCAGUAAAUGCAAAAGUUGGCAGCAUCACGUAUGCGCACUCUAUAACAAUACAAGAGAUUUGGAAAACAGUGCUGAAUAUCUUUGCCUUUUAUGCUGCCUAAACGAAAAUAGAAAUGAUGUGCGUGUACCCUAUGAUGCUAAAGACUUGCCGAGAACCAUGCUUAGUGACCACAUAGAAGGGAGGCUUUUGAAGCGUCUCGGUCAAAUUGAAAGGAAUAAAAAUCCAGAGAAAGUUUUUGUAGCAGACAAUCUUUCUGUUAGGGUUGUGCUAUCUGUGGACAAACAUAUUGAAGUGAAGAAACAAUUUCUCGAUAUCUUUGAGGAGGAUAAUUAUCCUGCAGAGUUUUCUUAUGCUUCAAAAGUUAUUCUUCUGUUUCAAAAGAUUGAUGGAGUGGAUGUGUGCCUCUUUGCAAUGUAUGCUCAAGAGUUCGGCUCAGAAUGCGGCUAUCCAAAUCAGCGUUCUAUAUAUAUUUCAUAUCUCGAUUCGGUUAAGUAUUUUAGACCCGAAAUACAUAUCUCGGCUAGAGAAUCUCUCCGUACCUUUGUUUACCAUGAAAUAUUGAUUGGAUAUCUUGAUUUUUGCAAGAAAAGAGGUUUUACAACUUGUUACAUAUGGUCAUGUCCACCUAUAAAGGGAGAUGAUUAUAUAUUCUACUGCCGUCCUGAAUCUCAAAAAACUCCGAAGAAAAAUCAACUACGACAUUGGUAUCAUUCAGCCCUAAGAAAAGCUGUUGAAGAGGAUAUUGUUGUUGGUUUAUCUAACCUAUACGAUCAUUUCUUUCUUCCUACCGGAAAAUGUGAAUCCAAGGUAACAGCUGCUCGUUUGCCUUACUUUGACGGAGACUUCUGGUCUAAUGCUGCUAUGGAUAAAGCCAGCCAGAUUGAACAGCAUACUGCAGGAAACCGUGAAAAGAUGCUGAAAUUAAUACCAAACAGAUCUUUGAAGUCGAUGGGAUGGGUAAAUCUUUCUAAAGAAACUGCCAAAGAUAUUCUAGUGAUGCAGAAGCUGAGACAAACCAUAUCACCUUUCAAGGAAGAUUUUAUUGUAGUUCAACUUCAGUAUGUUUGCAUCCACUGCCAUAAAGUGAUAGAGUGUGGGAAGCGAUGGUUUUGCAAGGAAUGCAAGAUAUUUCAGGAGUGUGAAAGAUGUCACACUGCUGAUUCACACACUUCUGUGAAAGGCGAGAAGCACAAACUUUGUGAGGACCUUACGGGACGCAUACUUCGUGAUACAACUAAGGAGAAAGAUAUCAUCUUUAAUAAUGGGUUAUUUGAUACCAGAUAUAACUUUCUUAGCUUUUGCCAAAGGAAUAGGUUUCAGUUUGAUUCACUUCGUCGAGCCAAGUAUUCCUCAAUGAUGAUCCUCCAUUUUUUGAGCAACCCUAUUGGAAUAAAUUGCCAAGUUUGCUGUAAACCCAUUGUUAGCAAGUGUUACUGGAAAUGUGGGAAUUGCCCGGAGUUCACUGUCUGUUCUGCAUGCCAUAUCGCCAGAGGUUCCAAAUGCCAUGCACACACGUUGAGUGAAACUUGUUCGGCCGCACUAUCUUCUACUGGGAGUGAAAAAUUAAAGCAGAAUACAGCAGUGGAACUGCUGGAUGUUAUAAAGCACGCAUCACAGUGUCAUUCAACUCAAACUCAACCAUGCACGUACCCAAACUGCUUUAAAAUAAGAAAGUUGUUUUCUCAUGCAAGUAGGUGUACUGUUCGAGUUUCUGGAGGAUGCCAACAUUGUAAGAAGGUUUGGCAGGCAAUAGCUUUACACUCAAGGAAUUGUAGAGACUCAGCAUGUCGCGUUCCUCGUUGCAUGGAUAUGAAGAAGCAAGCAGAGUUGCAGCAUGCAAUCUGA